AUGCCGAUGAGUGCAGGGUGUACGACGACUAGGCGUCUUGGGGAUGCAGCGUCGAGUUCUGUGCAGAUCGAAGGGCUGUGGUGGGAGUUGCGCGCGACUGCGUGCAAGUGGGGUUGCACGAUCGUGGUUCCGCCCCCCUGGGGCCUGUUUGAAGUGCGCGCAGACAGUUUUGGCGGGGUCUGUUUUGGGCGUGUUGCUGUCAAGAGGACGGCAUCAUUUCGACAAGACAAUUUACGGGAAGAAAACUGGGCAGAUGUUGCGGAUUUUUGUGCGUUGAUGGCUGAAACAAUUCUGGUGCUGUUGCCCUUGUCAGAAUUAACAGAAAAGAAAGAGUGUCAGUGCGCGUCCUAA